AGACAUUGUCUGGACCCUGUUCGCUGGAGGUGCUUUACAUUUCCUUGGCGGCUUUCAGAAGUCAAAGAUGACUAGUAAAAGCACAGUGACUUUUGACAUCAUUGAGCUGGACACUGGGGCCUUCCACUGGGGCCUUCCACUGGGGCCUUCCCGCCUUCUUUAGCUCCUUGAAAUUUAAUUCAGUUUAUAACAAAAGACAUUCUUCGAGACUUGAGAACGCAUUCUCAAUCAAAGGCCUUGCCAGUCUUUGUGGUCUUCGGAUUAAGUUCGGAAUGGUUCUUUACUUCACUUUAGGCGAUUUCGCAACGAGCUCUGGAGUGAUGUACAGCGCCCGGCCCUGUACUGGGGCACGCCUGGCUCUCACCCCUGUGCGGGACCUGCUUCAAAGUUCCUCUGACACUGAGCAGUCAAUUCUGCUGUUUGGGGCACUUGAGAGCUCCUCUCUCUUCAUCUUCCUCCUUCCAGAUUCUUUUUUCUGCCCACUUCCCAGCCUCUUCCUGCCUGGCGGGCAGGGAGCAACCGGAGGGUACAGGAGUCCAGCAUCUUUUUAUGGUGAAAGCUACGUGGGGCUCAAUAUCAUAGAAGUUUCCUCUGAGUUAUCUCUUCAAUUAAAAUUUCAAACCAGCAAACCACAGGGAUUACUUUUUCUUGCAGCUGGGGAAAAUGACUACUGUAUAAUAGAAAUUCUAUCAGGAAACUUACGGGUGAGAGUGAAUUUGGGGACAGGUGAACUAGUUCUUCUUUCUGAGCAAAGACUUCGUGUGGAUGACUUGGCUUGGCAUUUAGUGGAACUGUACUGUGUUAAGGAUCAUGUCUCUCUGGUUAUUGACAAACAUUAUGAGAUGACUGGCCGGAUCACUGGUGGGAUGCACAAUUUGCACUUUCAGCAUGGAAUCUACAUAGCGGGCCACGGUGGACUUGAAGUCUCAUAUCUCGAUGGACAGCUCCCCAAUUUCCGUGGCUGUAUGGAGGAUGUGGUGUUUAACCAGAGGGAGAUCCUUUCCUCUCUUAGAUCUUACCCUGGUUUUAAGAAAGUCUAUGAGGUGUCACUAGGAUGCAGUGAUGAAUUUUUUGCAGGGGAGGAUGAAGCCAUCAAUUUCUUUAGCUCCAGAUCCUAUGUCACCUUCCCAGAGUGGAAGGUCCAACGGGAUGGGCUGUUGGAAUUUGCUUUGCAGACUGGAACUCAACAAGCCUUGCUUUUAUUUCAGUCAGGUAGGGAAGGAGAUUUUGUUGCUUUGGAAAUAGUUAAAGGUUUUUUGAAGGCUCAUGUAGGAAGGAAUAGGAGUGAUACUCAGCUCUCUUCUUUUAGCUUAGUUAGUGACAACCAGUGGCAUGAUAUUCAACUCAGAUUCACUGAAAGAUACCUGGGCCUGAUGGUGGAUGAACAAAGAGUAAGGACAAACCUGCCUUUGCAGAGCAAACUGUUUGUAUCUGCAGGCCCCCUCUUCGUGGGAGGUCUUGAUAGACACAAGGGAGAAGAAGUUAAGAGGUUAGGACUUGCCUCUGUGCCUGGGAAAUCUGCUGGAGGAAUCUCUUUUAAAGGGUGCUUAAGAGGCUUGGAAGCCAACUCAGAAAAGAGAGCAUUAAAGGAUGCCUUUGUUUCCAAAGAUAUAUCUGCUGGGUGUAAAAUGAAGGGCAGUGAUGAUGAAAACCCUUCUGCAACAACCAUGGAGAAGCUGCUGCUGGCAGAAGUUCCCCUUUCCACUGCCGACUCUGAGGUGGGCAAGCCUAGUCUUCAAGAUGUGAGUAGCUAUUUCUUGGUCCUGAAUAACUUGGAGGUCCAAGAAGGUGGGCAAGCCUUAUUGGAACAAAGGCAUAUGAAGAUGGAUAUGGAGCUGAAGGAUUUGGGUAUCCAUCAGUCUCAGAUACUCUUUAAAAUAAAGGAGAUGCCUGUUUAUGGGUUCCUUCGAUUAGAUGUUUCCCCCGAGCAAGGACCGGAGAAAGUUUUCACUCUGUUGAAUUUGGAGCAAGGGAACGUUUGGUAUGUCCAUGACGGUUCAGAAGAACCUAGGGAUUAUUUCACAUUUUCAGUCUCUUCCAACAGCAAGAGGGAAGUGCCACUGUAUCUGCAAGGACAUGUUUCUUAUGUGUUUAACAUUGUUGUCAUUCCAGUAAAUGAUCCCCCAAACCUUAAGCUCCCUGAAGGAAACUUGCUUCUCGUGUUUGAGAAUUCUAAGAAACGACUGACUCCAAAUAUCAUACAUGUUUCAGACCCAGACACAGAUUCCUUGAGUCUUAGUGUCUCAGCGCUUGGCAACUUCAAUUCAGAUGCUGGGUUUUUAGAAAACAUCAAUGAUCCCGGGAGAGCCAUUAAUGGUUUCUCAUAUGGGGAUUUAAGAGAUGGCAACAUUUUCUAUGUGCACAGGGGCCAUGCAAACUCCCGGAUCCUUCUGAGAGCAAAUGAUGGAGAGCUGGUUAGCAGUACGGUGGUGUUGCGGGUCAUGGCUAUUCCUUGGGACUUGGCAGUGGCCAAUCGGACAGGUGUGGCUGUACAGCAGGGUGGUUCGGUUCUGAUUACGCAGAGCAACUUGUCAGUGGAGGUUAAUGGUGAACGCCCUGAGGUGGACACCCGUUUUGUUAUCACUUAUCCACCUCGCUUUGGCCAAAUUCAGCAGCAAGGGCCAGGUGGCGAGUGGAAACAAAUCAGUACCUUUUCUCAGCAUUCUGUUGAUCGGAGUCAGAUCCGGUACUGUACUACAUUCAAAGAUUUGCAACUAGAAAAUGUUACGGAUCACUUUAAAUUUAAAGUUGACAUAGAAGGAAAAAGCAGCGAAGAGCUGGUGUUUCCUAUUACGAUACAGUGGCUAAAGUUUACCCUUCUGAAAAAUGUUGCCCUUGAGAUCAGUAAAAUAAACAGGCACGUAUUGAAUUCUGAUCACUUACAGGCCGUGACAGAGGGGGUGGAAGUAGCUGAGAGCAAACUGCAUUUUAAGUUACUGACCCCACCUAAGAAAGGAAAAUUGCUACUUGGCACAGAAGUUCUACAGACAAACUCAGUCUUCAGCCAACAAAACAUUACAGAUGGUAAGAUAAGUUAUGAACCACAGGAGAGGCCCAGGGAACAUUCACAAGAUAGUUUCAGGUUCUUGAUGGUUGCAAAACACAUAGAAUCAAAAGAUUAUACUUUCAGAAUCAAUUUUAAAGCAGAUAGGAGGCACAUUAUUGUAACGAACAGAGGAUUGCUUGUAAAAGAAGGAGAAGGGAAAUUAAUCACAAAGUCGGAAUUAUUUGCUCAAACCUUGGACAAUCGGACUUUCCAAUAUACAGUCACCAAGAGUCCACAACAUGGGAAGCUGAAACUGAUUCGCUCUUCAGAUUCUCCAGGAAAUCAGGACAACAUUACUGCCUUCACGGAUCAAGACAUCCUGGGUGAGCGGCUGAUAUAUGAGCACGAUGACUCUGAGACCCAGAGUGAUGAAUUCCUCCUCGUGGCCUCAACCGCAGGACCAGACCAAGAGGGAGCGUUCAGGGAUCUUGACAUGGAGCAUCUGUCUACAGAAAUCAAAGUCACCAUUUCUGUGGAGUUAAAGAAUGACGAGAAACCAGUGCGCAUGGUGGAUAAGGUCUUUCAGGUUGUGCGGAACGGCCAGCGCUUGUUGACCCUCUCAGAUCUCUGCUACCAUGACCCUGACUCAGAUUUUGACGAUGGGCAGUUGCUCUACAUCCGGCGGGGCAUCCCGAACGGGGACUUGGUGCAAGCCAGUGACCCAACUCAGAAACUCUACCAGUUCAGGCAAGAGGACCUGCGGGAAGGACGCGUGCUCUUCAGGCACCGGGGCGCAGACUCGGCCCGCUUUGUGUUGUUCGUGACCGAUGGUGUCCACUACACAUCAUCCCUCCUUGAGGUCAGCGUGUCAGACCCCUAUGUCCGUGUAGUCAACAACACAGGGCUGCUCGUACAGAGAGGAAAAGACAGCAGCCUCACGACAGCCAACCUCAGUGUCACCACAAACCAAGAUGUCAGAACAGACCACGAGAUCGAAUUCCAUAUUGUGCAGCCCCCAAAGCACGGCAGAGUGCUGGUCAGCAGCUCAGCGCCUGGCUCAUUUUCCAUGCAUGACUUGAAGCAAGGGCGUGUGAUUUACAGGCAUGACGGCAGUGGCAGCUUCGAUAUGUUCAACCUAACAGUGCGAGUUAAAGAUAUACAUUUAUAUGUGGGAGUCUACGUGCAGGUGGACUCAGAAAGCCACCAACAUCACACGCGAAUUCUGCACAGCAAGACUCUUGUGGUUGAAGAAGGAAAACCAGUAAAACUGAGCAGAGGAAGGUUUCAGGCUGUGCACGAACACCCUGUUCCUUCAGAGGCAGUGAUCAUUGUUAGAACUCCGCCAGUGCAUGGAUACCUUCGAAGGUCUUUACCGGAGGAGGGUAGCGUGGGUACAGAGGAGAAGUUCCCUUUGAUGUUUACGCAGCAGGAUGUUGAUGAUGGUUACAUCCAUUAUGUACAGACAAUGCCUGACCAACAACAGGACCGUUUUAUACUGGAUGUUAUGAGUGGCUUCCAAGCUGUGAGCAGACUUGAAAUCCUGGUGGAUAUUGUCCCUAAACAUAUUCCUCUGGCAGUACAAAAUUUCACAGUCCAGGAAGGUGGCUCCAAGGCACUUCCAGAAGACUAUUUCAGAAUUCCAGGCAAGCAUUUUGAGGGACUUGACUGUGAAUUUGUUCUACUCAAACCACCAAAACAUGGUUAUGUUGAAAAUUCUCAUUUUCCAAGAGUAAAGCUGAUGAAAUUUACCAGGAAACAGGUAGAAAAUGAAUUGAUUUCCUAUGUGCAUGAUGGUAGCGAAGCACUUCUUGACAGUUUCAUCAUCUUUGCAAAUAGCUCAGAGCUUGGAAAACAGAGUUUGCCCCAAACUCUUUUUGUGACCGUUGAAUCAGUAAACGAUGAGGCUCCAGUAAUAACAGCCAAUAAAAUCCUCCAGGUGUGGGUGAAUUCUGUCACUGAGAUUACCCGUGAUGAACUCUGUGCAGUGGAUGGGGACUCCUCCCCACAGGACCUGGCCUACUUGGUCUCUCCACCCAGCAAUGGACAUUUGGCUCUCAAGUCCAUUCCUGGCCGUAGCAUUCAGAACUUCACCCAGGCUCAGAUCAACGAGGGCCAGCUCGUGUUUGUACACACUGGAGCAAUGUCAGGAGGUUUUAAUUUCCAGGUUACUGAUGGUUUGAACUUUGCACCACGACAAAUUUUUAGCAUCACAGCUCUAGCUCUGAUCAUUAGCUUGGAAGUAAACAGAGGACUGAGCAUCUUCCCAGGUUCUGUGAAGCCCCUUUCAUCUCGUGACCUGCUAGCUGUGACCAAUGAUGUGGACAGUGCAGGCAACAGAACUAUAACCUUUACCGUCAUACGUUCCCCUAGACUCGGGAGGCUGCUAUGUGUCAAUUCUGACAACAGCGCGGAGGAUGUUUCCGUGUUUACGCAGAAUCUGGUGAGUGAACAGCUGAUAUUGUACCAGCAUAUGGACUGGGAAAACACAGGCUGGACUGCGGAAGACUCUUUCACGUUCACAGUGUCCUCCCCACCAGCAGCUCUAGGCCCUGAGGAGUUUCAUAUAACUAUUUCGUAUGAAAUUAACGAACCUGGUCGGCAGAGUCAUCUGCUUGCAAAUACAGGAGCUGUUGUCAAGGAGGGAGACAAAGUUCUCAUUGACCAAUCUAAGUUAGAUGCGUCCAAUCUCUUACUUAAAUUGCCCAAAUCUCAGCGUUCUUCAUACGAAAUUUGGUUCCAAGUUACGUCUCUUCCUCACCAUGGAACUCUUAUGGUUGGAGAGAGAAAUAUUACCAAGAGAAAACCCAAUUUCUCUCAAUAUAUAAUUAAUACAUUUGGAGUCACAUACCUUCACGAUGACUCUGAAUCACUGGCUGAUAACUUUACCUUUGCCAUUUGGCCCAAUGAAAGGAGCAAGUCCACCAUGAAGCCAGAGGCUGACUUUCAUGAAGAGAUGUUUAACAUCACCAUCACUCCUAUAAAUGACCAAGCACCAGAAUUAAAGACAAAAGGGCUUCGACUGCAAGUUCUGCAGGGCAGUAGGUUGGUUUUAGGACCUGAAAACCUAAAAGUGAAAGAUCUAGACAGUCCUCCAGAAGAGAUCAGGUAUGUGGUCAUCCGUGAUUCUAAUAAUGGCUUUUUGGCAAUGGCGCACCAUCCACAUAUACGUGUUCACCACUUCACACAAGCCGACAUUGAUAACUCUCAGGUGUGGUUCAUACAAGAUGGAAGCCCAUCCUCUGGAGCGUUUUACUUCAGUGUCACCGAUGGCCAACACCGCCCGCUCUAUAAGCUCUUCCACCUGGAUGUCAUCCCCGUCUCCGUCACCCUCGUGAACCUCACUGACCUUCUUCUUCCACAAGGCCAGACACAUGUCACCAUCACUGGCGCUCACCUGUCAGCAGUGACCAAUGGGAGGAGCCCCCACAUCACUUACGAGGUUAUGUGGCCCCUCCAGCAUGGGCAUCUGCUCAUUGAAGACCAGGAGGUCGUCAGUUUUGGACAGGAAGAUCUGAAUUUAGGAAAGCUCUCUUACCACAUGACAAACCUCACUGCCUCAGAGGACCAGCUACAGUUCUCACUGUUUACCUCAGAAAGCAACCUGACAGGACAAACACUGUGCAUCAGAGUGCAGCCGUUACUGCGGGUUACGUCAGACCUGACAGUUGCCAACAGAGUGGCCCAUCAGCUGACAAGAAAGGACCUUGAUGCUACUGAGCUUGCUAACAGGACUAACAGUGAUCCUAAAUUUGAAGUGACAGAACCCCCUGUCCACAGCAGACUUAUACGAAGAGCAGGAUGGGACACUGCCUUGGAAGAUGCUACUCUGUUCACUCAGAGGGAUAUUGACCAAGGACUGCUGAUUCUCGAGCCGCAUGCCAAUCUAACGGGCCCCAACAGCCUCAGUGACUCCUUCACGUUUCUGCUCAGGGCAGACCACGUCCAACCAGCAACAGGGUGUCUCCCCUUCACCAUAGUGCCACCUGACCCCUUUCUUUCGCAGACUUUUACCCCCAAUGUGUCCUUCUUAGUCACUGAUAACCUUGUGACUAUCGGUCUCUCUCAGGAAAAGCCUGUGGUUUCCUCAGAACCCACAACACAGACAGGAACUCUGGGGAAGCUGACCCAGACCAGAUGGCCGCAAGCAGCUCCCUGGGGACGACACAGUGGUGAAGAGCCCACUCUGGAUGUCACGGCUUCUCCCACCAGAGUCAUUUGGUCACCAGAUGCCACCAGAGCCAGCCCUGGGGCCCCCACCCAGACCAGGGAGAGCAGUCACCCUCUGAUGGUCAUCAUGCCCCUGACAGUGGUGCUCUUCCUGCUAAUAGUAACCGUGGUGGCCUCGUGGGUCUGGCUGCUGGGCCGGAAGGCAGAGAAGGCAACACCUCUUAUUAAGCCCCAGAUCAACCUAGAGCCCACAACCGCAGGUCCUAGGCCAGAGAGGAGCACAACGGUUCCCACCGUCACAGUGACGCCUCUCCCAAGAAGCUCUGGCAGGGCUCCAGUCAGUCUUUUCAGGGCCCCACUGUGUGAACGCGUGGAGAAGUCUCCAGCUUCCGAGCCAGCAGAAAGAUGUGCUCCAUGGGAGACAUGGAUGAAUUUGGAUCCUGACAUGGUCAAGCUCUGCAGACAAACCAACCCAGCACUGAAGCACAAGCAGUACUGGGUGUAGACUCAGGGCACUCGUUCCUCACUGACCACCUGCUGUGUGCCAGGUCCUGGGAUACCAAGGCAGAGAAAUGCUGGUUGGAUCAACCGAGAAAAGCCUGGCUCUGCCACCCCUUGGUGCUCAGUUUCAGCUCCAUGGUUAGAUGCUGGCAGGUGCUUACUGUAACUUUUGUGCAACACUCACCUUACGGGGCGUCCACAAGUUUUGUGUGCCUUCUUCUAGACCCAGUGCUCUGAGUGUGCUUAAGAUUUUGUCACUGUUUACAUGACAGAACAUGCUGACCUGACUGCAGAUUAACACAGGAGCUGUAGUUAGUGGAGGAAGGCUUUGAAUGUUUUUCCUUGAAGAUUCACUCUCUGAGUGAGUCAGUGAGGAAGUGAAGGAACUGUGUCAGCAAAUAGAAGAGGGAAUUGAUCGUAUCUGUGAGUUUGUUUCUGGUGUUUUUCUGUAAUGACUUUUCCUCCUUGGAGUCUCCAGCUUUGAUUUCCUAAUGCAGGAAAUGCCUUGGUGCUCUAGAUAGUGGGACAGUCUGGCCCCUUUUGAAGGUAUUCAUUGAACACAUUGUGUUUAAUCAAGAGGCCUUGUCUAUUCUGAUUUGUAACAUCAAACCUGUUGUACAAACAUUAUUUGAAGCCCUAAGGGAUAGGUUUAAUGCUUUUGUGAUGCCUCAAUUUGGCUUAACUUUACAAUGAAUUGAAAUAAUGGCAAAUUUGUAUUUGACUUGCCUAGUCGCGCCUACAAUUGGCCAACCCAGCUUCAGUUUCCACAGCUAUAAAAUGGAUACAUCAAUACUUCUAUUAGUUAGAAAUGCUUUGGGUAGCAAAUCAUCAGACAUCUGCUAUGCGUGGGAUUUAGGUUGGGGACUGGUGAACUUGUUCUGUGCAGGGCCAUAUUGUAAAAAUAUUUUGGUUUUGUGGAUCACAUAUGGGUGUUGAUUUUUAUUUUUUAACAACCUUUUAAAACUGUAAGAACAAUUCUUAGUUCCUGGAUGUGACCCACAGACUGUAGUGUGCCAGUUGUUGGUUUAGCUAAGCAAUAAAAAUUUUGAAUUAUUUCAACUAACAAGCAGCCCAAGGUGGAUAUUCCAAGGCCAGUUCAACAGUUCAAAGAUAUCAUCGAGGACUGAAGCUCUUUUGUUCUUUCUACUUUACCUUCCUCUAGCUAUUGGCAUUUCAGCCUUUUGUUUAGUUCCUUGUGACUGUGAGAUAGCUGCUGAAGCUCCAAGUAAUAUAGCCCCACUCAAAGGCAAAAAUCCUAGUGGGUGAAAAGGAGAGAUGGCUGAAAGACUUUUUCUAGAGAGGAUCUUAUUUAUUGUUAUUUAUUGAUAUUUUUUAAAAAUCUUGAGGCCUUCCCAAGCAUUUCCCCCACUUUUAUCUCUUAUUGUCUAGAACCGAGCUACAUGUUUCCCAUCCCUUGACCAACCACUGGCAAAGGGAAAGGGGAUUUGCAUGAUUGGCAUCUCUUCCGGAGCUGGGACAGGAUUCUGCCAGCUCAGAGAUCAGUGAAUCCAGGAGUCCUCUGGUAGUCUAGUGGUAAGGAUUCAGUACAUUCACUGCAAUGACCCUAGUUCAGUCCCUGGUUGGGGUAACUGAGAUUCCACAAGCCAUUCAGCAGGGCCGAAAAAAUUUUAAGAAAAAAUCAAUGAAUCAGCCCACCAUGUAAUUACAGAGGGCUGGGAAAUGGCCAUAAGACAGGCAAUGAAUAAAAUCUACUAAAAAAGUUUUCAAGUAUUGAAAUACUUGGGAAAUGAAGAUUUUGAGUUUUCAAAUUGGUAUCUAAUAUCUCCUUUUCAUAUUUUAAUGAUUUUCUUAAAGCCAGUGUUUCUAGGGUGGGGGGAGGGAAUUUCUUCCUAAGAGACAUUUGGCAAUAUCAGGAAACAUUUUUGGAUUUUACAGCUGGUGCUGAUGGCAUCUAGCGAGCAUAGGCCAAGGAUGCUGCUAAAUAUCCAAUGUUGUACAAGAAUUUUCUGGCCUCAAAAGUCAGUAAUGCCAAGUUGAGAACCCUGGUUAAAGUCAUAAAUGUGGAGUUUUCCUUUAUAUCCAGUGAAGGAUUAAUAGAUCCAUUACCAAGUCUAGGCAAAAACUGUAUUCUAAAAAUGGAAUGGAAGGGUAAAAAUUCCAUAGUGUGUUUGAAAUUGUGAUAGGCUAAUGGCAAACAUGAACAUUUUUAAAGAGAAUAUUAAAAACCAAACAAAACUUGACCAGACUCAUUUCUUUAUAAUCUUUUGUCUAAGGAAAAAAGUUUCCUUGUACUAACAGGUGGAACACAUCAGGAGAAAAAGAGAGAAAAGGGGGGAGGGGGGAGGAUAUUUACAAAGGUAAAGAUGAGGUCAGAGUGUCCCCAAAAGUCUGAUGCCCCUAAAGUGUUCCAUAUAGAAAAGGCUUUUUCCUUACCUUCUCCCUUUUCUGCUCUUCUAGGUUGCUUUUCUCUCCCAACCCAAUUUUAACUGUUCUUGUGGAAGCAGAUUUCACAAACUACAGAAUAAAUGGAAGUAUAGCAUAUGUAUGGGCUUCCCUUGUAGCUCAGUUGGUGAAGAAUCUGCCUGCAAUGCAGGAGACCUGGGUUCGAUUCCUGGGUUGGGAAGAUUCCCUGGAGAAGGAAAUGGCAACCCACUCCAGUAUUCUUGCCUGGAGAAUCCCAUGGACAGAGGAGCCUGGCUGGCUACAGUCCAUGGGGUCUCAAGAGUCGGACACAACUUAGCAACUAAACCACCACCACCAUAGCAUAUGUAGGUCUAGAGACAACUACCCUGUCUUAGAUCCUUAGAUGUAUGCCACAGACAGCUUUUGCCACCAUCCCUGGCCAUGGACAGCUGCUGCUGAACUAGACUUCUCUUUGUUGUUGUUGUUCAGACACUAAGUCAUGUCCACCUCUUUGUGACCCCAUGUACUGCAGCACACCAGGCUCCUCUUUCCUCCCCUGUCUCCCAGAGUUUGCUCAUGUUCAUGUCCACUGAGUCAGAGAUGCUAUCUAAUCAUUUCAUCCUCUAGUAGAUUUCUCUGCUCUUCUCCCAAAAGUGAUUCUCUCCUGCAGUUUCUGGAUUCCUGAAUUUUAUAUAGACCUCCCAAGUGUUUUUUGUACUUGAUCCCUUUAGAAAAAAGGAGGAAUGAGAGUUGUAAUCCAAGGUUGGUUUGAUCACUGUACAACAUAGGACUGUUCUUAGCUCUGUUCUAAGUAGUCAGACACUCAGCAGGAGCAGAAUGGCAGUGUGUGCUUGAGUUUGUACAUAGAAAGAGAAGGCCAAGGAGCAUCUUUGCAUACAGUAAGUGAGCCUUUGCUCUCCUUUGACUGGGAAGGAGAAUACCUGUUCUUUGUGGAAGAGCUGGACAUACUUGGCUCUAUGACUAUGUUGGCCUCUUCCUUGCUUCAGCCAUAAAGUCUCUGGAGCUAGGACUACCAGCCAAACCAAACAAAAAAGCCUGAUUUCCCUCCUCUUUUUCCUGUUAACUCUGCAACUCCAAACAAACUUGGUGUCCAUUUUGGAAUAAGACACACACAACUGCUUUAAAAUGAUAAUUCACAUUGUUUGUGAGUGUGCCUGCUAGAAUAAGAACAUCUGUGUGAGAUCCAGAUGUCAAGACUCAGUCAUAAAUCAAGUAAUUCAAAUAGAGCUUGGAAAGAUUUCUUCCAGAGGAUCUGGAGUAUUCUACCGAUUUGCGUAUGGGUUCAAUUAAAAGGAAACAAUGCCUAUCAUUUGGUGCUGGCUCAAAUAAAACAUGAAA